GUCCCCUUCUUCCUCCUCACCCCAAUCUCCCCAGCCCCCAACCACCAGAGCCUCCUCCUCCCCUCCGGCGCAUCGACGACAUGGCCCGCACCAAGCAGACGGCGAGGAAGUCGACCGGCGGCAAGGCGCCGAGGAAGCAGCUGGCGACCAAGGCCGCUCGCAAGUCCGCCCCGGCCACCGGCGGCGUGAAGAAGCCCCACCGCUUCCGCCCCGGCACCGUGGCGCUCCGCGAGAUCCGCAAGUACCAGAAGAGCACGGAGCUGCUCAUCCGCAAGCUCCCCUUCCAGCGCCUAGUGCGCGAGAUCGCCCAGGACUUCAAGACCGACCUCCGCUUCCAGUCCUCCGCCGUCUCCGCCCUGCAGGAGGCCGCCGAGGCCUACCUCGUGGGCCUCUUCGAGGACACCAACCUCUGCGCCAUCCACGCCAAGCGCGUCACCAUCAUGCCCAAGGACAUCCAGCUCGCCCGCCGCAUCCGUGGCGAGAGGGCCUAGGCUGCUGCACCUGCAAUCCGUGUUAGGCUGAGUUCAUCGGUGGAAAAUAGUGGUGUUUCAGAAUGUGCGUCGUGUUAGAUCCAUGUUAGAUCCCUGUUCCUCUCAUGGUGGGUGGAUGUGUUAUGCCUAAUCUGAUGGUACCUUCUUGUUGCCAUCAGCAAUGGAAAUGAAAAAAUGUUGGUUGCUGUUGUCAUA